AUGAGCAGCUUCACUCUCCUCCAUGCCCAGAACAUCACCAAUAAAUCCCACAAUCACUCAUUCAAACACUCAAUUCCAAUAAUAAAAGCAUCAAUUUCACCCCAAGAAAAUUUGACCAACAGAAGGAAAAUUGUUACAUUUGUAUCAACUUCACUAGCGCUAGGCCUGUUACAUGGAAGCACAACCACGACACCACCACCAGCACUAGCUGAAAAAUGGGGUACACGUUCAUUAAUUUGGGAACAUUUUUUUCAGCCUGAUUUAUCACCAGAAGAUGCAGUUGCAAGAAUUAGACAAACUGCUGAGGGGCUACAUAGCAUUAGAGACAUGCUAGAGAGCAUGGCUUGGAAGUAUGUCAUGUUUUACAUUAGGCAAAAACAAGCUUAUCUUUCCAAAGAUUUGAAAAAUGCUUUCUCUACUUUGCCUCCAAGUCGCCAGGAAGAUUAUGUUAAGAAGGCUAAUGAGUUGGUUGAUAAUAUGGACGAGUUUGAUUCUUAUGUUCGGACGCCGAGAGUAUAUGAAUCGUACCUGUACUAUGAGAAGACACUGAAAUCAAUAGACGAUAUUGUGGUAAUAUUAGGAAAGAACAAUGCGGAUGUUGUUACAUGA